CAAAAUGGCGGACAAGGAAAGUUCUGCGGCGGAUGCAUCAGAACAACCAGGGUUUCUGGUGGCGGUAUUGAUUGAUCUCUUCACCAAACCGGUGAAUCUGAUACUUCUUGGUGUCUGCUUUCUGCUUAUAUACAAAUUGUUCUUCAGCCGUCGAAGUUCGACGCCUACAAAGCCUGCAGAUCCGGAACUUCCCCCACUGAAAAAACAAGAUUUCACCGUCGAGCAGUUGGGAAAAUAUGACGGGACUGGUCCAGACGGUCGUAUUCUUGUCGCUGUGAACGGAAAAGUCUUCGAUGUCACACGGGGAAAGAGGUUUUAUGGGCCAGGUGCACCAUAUGGCGUGUUUGCAGGGCGUGAUGCCUCCAGGGGGCUUGCCACAUUCUCACUAACUGAAGAUGUUCUUAAACCCGUUUAUGAUGAUCUCAGUGAUCUCAAUAGCAUGCAGAUGGAGAGUGUGCGAGAAUGGGAAAUGCAGUUUACAGAAAAAUAUAUUUAUACAGGAAAACUUCUGAGGCAGGGUGAUAAACCGACUGAAUAUUCUGACACAGAAACUGAAGAUUCAAGCGCAGCCGAGAAGUCGAAAAAUGACUAAAGAACAGACCAAACCCCGCCCAACUUUAGAGCGGCGCUGUAUUCAGUUCAGAUAACAACCAAAAGAAACCAUAGCAAAUAAUGUACAGUAGAACCUCUCUACAAGUGUUGUCUUUAAUAAUUAAUAGAGAGGUCAGUUUCAAUGGAAACAACCAAUUUUGGACCAAAGUAGUGUCCUUAAUAGAGAGGUUGUCCUUAAUAAAGAGGUGUCCACUAAGGGAGGUUCCCCUCUAAUUUGUUGUUUCGGCAAUUUUUCCUGCAGUGGUACAUGGUUUUCAUGCUCUACAUGAAAGUAGCAUUAGUGAGUGUAAGUAGGGGUAAGGAUUGAAUAUGGUGGGGCUUUAAUUAUCGAUUCGAGAUGUAAAUAGUUGCGGAACAUUAUCAUCAUAUGUGCUGCUUUCCCUUUCAAAAUAAUUGACACAGUAGUCUUCUCAAUCAAGUAGCACAGAGUUAGAGGUUGUUAGUUAGUUUUCCACUUGUCAGCUGGCUCUGGGCAACCGAAUUGUCAGUCGGAAAAUGAACUUUAGGAAAAAAGUUUUCCUUUGGAAUUUAAAGUAGAAAUUCUUCAGUUUUGCUUGAACCUAUUGGAGGGCACUUGACCCAGUGCGCCAGACAGUUUGGCAUUUCCUAGCACUCGCCAACCACGCAGUGAACCUUAAAAUCACCCACUCAAUUGUUUACCUAGAGUACAUGCGUGGAUGUGACUCAAGCCUCCCAGCUCAGUUAUUUUAGCAGAAAUAUCCAUGGUGCACUUGAAUGAUCACUUCGUGCCAAUUGUUUUGAAAGGAAAAUGUAUUGUAACUUUGUUCAGAUAUAAACACUGGACUGAUAUCACUAAUGAAAUUAGAUUUUGAUAAGAGUAUUCUUCACGUGAAUAAUAUUUGAUACUGGUAGCGUCUUGAGGAAAUGGGUUUGAUUUUUUGUUGAAUAUUUUUGAUUCAUCGCUAAAAUUUGUGAGUUUUUUUACAGGAGGGAAUUUUUGAGUGAAAGGAGUGACUUUGCUUAUUCUUAGCUGUGGUAAAAGUAUCUGGGUAUAUGGUGGGCCGGGGUAGGUAUUCCCUAUUCACAAGAGACCGCUUCACAGAGGCAAGAUGUUGGAUUUUUAGACUGGGUUUCUUCAGAAAUGACCAAAUCACUAAUGCCUGUCGCACACUGAUUGAGUGAUUCAUUGCAACUUGAUUCAGUACCACUAGUUGAGCAACAAUGAAUCGCUUGGUGGGUGAUGUCUUUCUUGCAAGUUGCAACGGUGAUGAAUUGUGAUUCAUUGCAACUUGAUUCAUUGCAACUGACUGCAGCUAAUAGAGUUGUAGCAGGUCACCCAGUGUGCGGCAGGCAUAACACAUCAACCCGCGACAAAUUGUAAUUUCAGGUCAUCACUGGUUACGGGGUUCCUGAAAUGUCAUGCUUUGAUCAUUUGGUUGAAAAUAUUCACCAACACUUAACGCUUUGAAUUCUUUGCCAUGCUUUAGUUUGUGGUUUAGCAGGGCUUUGAUUUGAGCUUGUCUUAAUCAGGGUUUCCGCCAGAGGGGGGAUGGGGGGAUAUCCCCCCCUUAAUUUUGAGCACUAAAGUUUGUUUUACUGUCAAAUGAGUAAUUUGCAUGAUUUGAUAUGUAAAAUAAGAGCAUUUGGGAGCCAAUUGUAGCGGUUUUAGGGCCAAAAAACGUCUCAGGAGGGGUCAUAUAUAGCCUUUUUAAGAAAAAAAAUUUUUUUUUGCUCCCUCAAAUUUAAUCCUGGCGGAAACCCUGUUAAUGGUGCUACAUGACUAUGUACCACAUGUUGUCAGCAAGUAAAAUGAAAUUUAUUGAUUUGGGAGAAUACAUCCUGGUUUGGUUUUCACGUAAACGUGAUUAGCAUAAGAUACGAAUGUAAUUCCUUCAGUGCAUGAGAUUCCAUAAUGUGUCCCAAUAUAAAAUAGGUCAGUAAUGCUCACAAUAUCUGGCCAGCCUAACACUAAAUAGAAUGGAAUAGAAUUUAUUGCUCAACAAAAUAAUACAUUGCAUAGAUAGACGGAAACUAUGCUAUACAAAUUACAAUUGUACAUGAGAUGGAUUUUUUAAAGGACCUCCUAGCAGAGCUAACACUAAACAGUAUAUUCACAGAGUAACAACAACAAGAGAAUACAAAUUUACAUAUAAUAUUCAGUCAAAUGAAUAAUAAUUAGAGCAGUUGGAGUGAUUUUGACAAAACAAUUUUUUAUUUCAGUAAGGUAUUCUUGAUGUUCCUCUACUUCACUACAACAAGUUUGACGUGUCAAACUAUCAUUGAACUAUCAAUCAUUCGAGGAAGGUCAAGCUUGUUGCACUGAUGAUUCACUCGUGAUAUUUUCAAUUGUUUGAAGUACUUCAAAUUGCACUUGGUUUCGUACUUUCAAUUUCGCUGGGUUUAUUGGACUAGACAAACUAUGGUAUACAGUAGAACCUCUCUAUUAAGGACACCCUCGGGACUGACAAGUGCUGUCCUUAAUAGAGAGGUGUCCUGAUUAGAGAGGUCAAAUUGAAUGGAAACAACCAAUUUAGGACCAAAACUAGUGUCCUUAAUAGAGAGGUUUUCCUUAAUAGAGAGGUGUCCACUAACAGAGGUUCCACUGUAUUUGGUUGCAGACUUUUGAUUUAAUGUUUCCUGUGGAAGGCGUAGCGAGGCUUGUAACUGCGUGAUUGCUCCACCGAACCAACUUCCACCUUGGGUGGAAGUUGGUUCUUCUCUCUAACGAAGUAAAGAACAAACAAAAAAAGCUUUUCAAGAUCCGUGCAAACAUUAUAAUGACAACGCCAACUGCUGAAGACGUAAAUGACGUCAUAGUGAAACCAGCUGACAGAGUCAGCAAAUCAUGUCAUAACAAUGCAUUUGAACUCGUGAGGUGUGAUUAGUUUCACCAUUGACCUAAUAUUGCUUCUUUUGUAGUUUUUCUGGUCUUAACGCCGACCCCCUUAUGAGCCCUGAAAAAGACGAGUGACAGUCCUUAGCAGAUUCAAUUAGCACUAGUUCAUAACGUUUUGUCUCAUUUUGCUAUAUGAAUUAAUGAAAUAGUUUCAAUAUUUUGGCUUAGAAUGGUUGAGAAUUCUAGAUGCACCUGAAUUUGAUUAUUUCGUUGCACAUGCACCUGUACAUUUAUGUAGAUAUUGUAGAUAGUUUAUGGAAGUGGUAUGCCCUGAAUCAACUUUUGUGCUAAUGACCCCACUUUUCGACAUUUGAAGGAAAACCUAAUUAUUCCUAAGUAAGUCAUACAACUAAUGAAAUAAGUUUCGUUAUCGAAGAUGAUGGAGAGUUUCUGCGACAUCCAGGUCCUGUUCGUUCCUGCCACUGCUGAUAACCAGCCUUCCGGGCGUGUUUAUAUUGUACUCUUAAAUGUGGCUUCUGAAUAUUUCCUGAGGCGUUCGAGGGUUAAGGUGUCUUGUGUCACAUCUGGAGAUGUAAAUCUGAUUCUAGCUCGGGGGUUUUUCGCAACCAUGUCCUCUGCUUAACCUAGAACCCUCGACAAGAAGCCUCUCUUUGUAUAAAUAAGUGUAACAUCGUUUUUGUCCUCGUUUUCUUUCCUAGGCUCUGCCACGGUUGUUUUACCCGCCAGCCCUACAGUGUCUGAUAACUGUCUUAGGUGUAUUUCUCGUUGUAAGACAAUAGUUCCGUGUCAGUCCACUGCUUGGGCUUUCUUGCGAUGGAAGACAAAAAUCCAUGACAAUAUUGUCUCAACUUCAAAAAAGGUUCUUCAAAUCUGUUUCCAAUAAUCUUGGUACCGGUAAUAAAUCAUAUGCAGGCAACAUUUCCAUUACCCUGGGCACAGAAUAUAUGUGACCCAUCGCAGCAAAACCAGGUACAUAUCGCACAGAAGAUGAGCCUAAAAGACACCAGGCGAUAAUGGAAGAAAUUGAUGUGCUCAUAUUUCAUAAAAGGCCGACAAUAGAGAAAUGAACAAACAGUCUGUCUCAACCUGCCAAGCUCAGAGCAAAAUGUGUCUGGUUUUGCUGUGACGGGUCAGAUAUGAUGGAGGUUUGAAAGGCUAACUUCUCUCCAAGAAAAUAAAUUGCAGUUGGUCUUUAUACAUCUAGGGCCGAAUUUACGUAGGGUGUUUAAGAGUUAGACGCGUGUAAAUUCUACAUAAUCAGUUUCAGGGCCUAAUGCGGUUUUCAUGAAGAAACCCUGCAAGGCCCUGACUCUGUCUAUUCAGACAUUAAACGCCGUUUUAAGCUAAACACCCUUUGUAAAUUCGGCCCAUGUGUUUACUCUGUUUUUGUAUUUCAAGAUUACCUAUGUACAUUGUAAUUCAAACAUCUGGCAUAUGUUGUUAUAAGCAUAAUCAUUUUUUCCGUCGAAAUAAUGUAAUUUAACCCACCUGUAUUAGUCAAUUACAUAUUAUAUCGCACGCAGAGUGGUUGAGUCUUUAUAAUAAAGCUGAACCUCUCUAUUAGGGACACCCUCUGGACUGACAAUUGUUGUCCUUAGUAGAGAGGUUAAAAAGCGUCAACACAGUUUAUUUAAUUAUACCUGCAUGUCCACUGGGAGAUCAAUGCCGUGAUAAAAGACGGGCUGUUUCAUCGAAUUUGAGGUGUCAACUCAACUUAGAUGUUCGAAGGACCAACUUCUUGCUGUUUUGCCACACCUUUCUUUGUGACUUUCUAUAAAAUAGAUUUGGAAAUUUGAUAAAAUCGGAGCUUCCCAACCUCACGCGUUUGGUCUGUUGAAAAUGAUCGGUGAAGGAAGACUCCAAAUGUAUGUUUUAUCAUGAUGUUCACUGAUUAAUUGUAACUGUAAAGAAAAUGAGAUGUGCUAUUUUUCCUGAAAAAUGUCAUUUUGUGAUGAAAGAAACACUCAUGAAUAUCAUGUACAACAUGUAAAAAGAUGAAAAUAUCAUUAGUAUAUUGAAAAAAAUAAAAUUUUGUAAUGAAUGA